CUCCAUCUCUCACUUCCAAUCCAACGGCUAAUAAUUCAGUCCACCAAUAGCCAAUAAAAAAGAAAAAAGAAAAUAAAUUACCAUAACCAUCUUCUUCUCAUAGCAAGAAAAGAAACAGAGCAAAAACUACAACUAGAUAAGACACUAAUGGCUUCUCUUCCAAUUGUCUUUGCUCCUCCUAAAGUUAGAGUGUACGCAGCCACAGCAACAAAAGAAGCAGGAGGCAGCAAAGAAGAGAAGAGUUUUCUUGAUUGGGUUCUUGGAAAUUUAGCAAAGGAAGAUCAGUUUUAUGAGACUGAUCCAAUUCUCAAGAAAGUAGAGGAGAAGAAUAGUAGUGGCACCACCUCCGGCCGCGGCCGGAACUCUGUGUCUAUUCCUCAGAAGAAGAAGAAUGGUGGCAAUGGUGUGUUUGGUGGACUGUUUGCCAAGAAAGAAUGAAUCAAGAUUUGUUAUAUAUUUAUAUGUAAUUUAUAUUUUCUUCUCAAUCUCUCAUUUGGAUCUUUUAAUGAUUCUUGAACUCUAAUUUAAGAUGUAUGUGGUUUCUUGCUGUUGCACAUUAAAUUACUUUCUUUUCUUUU